AUGGCUACGAAGAAACGCUUGGAAUUGAAACUUCCAAUCUCAAUUCCUCUGAGACAUCACAUACUCAUGCCAAUGCCUCUGCCUCUUCCUCCGCAGGAAAAUCUGAAGAACAGCAUAAAAGGGCUCUGUGAUUUGGAAAAAGUGGGAGUUUUGGGACAUGGCAGUCAAGGCAGUGUGUAUAAAGUUCUUCACAGAAGAUCUUCAUCUUAUUUUGCUCUCAAAGUUGUGCGCCUCGACUGUGAUCCCUCCUCCACGAGACAGAUUAUGAGGGAGGUGGAGAUAGCUAAGAAGAUCAACUCCCCCUCCAUUGUGAAAUGUGAGGGUGUUUUUGAGCAGGGUGGGAACAUAAAUUUUGUGCUGGAAUACAUGGAUGGAGGCUCUCUGGCCAAUUUGUUAAAGCACAAGAGAAGAAUGACAGAGUCCUGUAUUGCUAAGAUUGCUAGACAAGUUUUGGAGGGAUUGAAAUACCUUCACAGUGAGAGGAUUGUGCACAGAGACAUCAAGCCUUCCAACCUGCUGAUUGAUAGAAGUUCAGGAGUGGUUAAAAUUGCAGACUUUGGAGUGAGUGGGAUUGUUUCACAGAGUAUGGAUGUCAGCUGUAAUUCUUAUGUGGGUACUUGUGCUUAUAUGAGUCCAGAGAGAUUCGACCCAGAUACCUAUCGAGGAAGUUGUAAUGGGUAUGAGGGAGAUUUGUGGAGCUUGGGAUUGGCAAUGCUGGAAUGCUAUUUGGGACAUUUUCCAUUUCUGCCACCUGCACAAGAGCCCGACUGGGUCACUCUCAUGUGUGCCAUUUGUUUCGGGGAUCCGCCAUUGGUGCCGCCCACUGCGUCUAAAGAAUUCCAGAGUUUUAUCAAAUGCUGCCUUCAGAAAAACCCAAGAAGUAGAUGGACAGCGUCUGAGCUUCUCCACCAUCCUUUUCUCAACCCGGUUCUUGUAUAA